AUCCAGGUGGGUGGAAUCGCUGAACUAAAUCACAGGAAUGGUUCGUUUUAGCUGUAAGAAUAGUGACGGGGUAAAAACAGGUGAUAGGCAGAGGGGAGAGGGUGUGGCCUUUCAAAGAAAUCAGCCAAUGAGGAGGAGGAGAGAGAAGAGAGGCAGAGGAGGAGGAAGAGGAUGAGCCGAGCUCUCCUCUGGAGUAAAUCUCUCAAUCUGAUUAGAGCGUAACGAGGCGGACUACCAAUCCUGCAGAGUGGGAACGCCAGAGCUCAGGUUUUCCUGCAUGGGGAGAAAGUAAGUCAAACCAAGGAGCAGAGGAAAUUCUCUCGGAGAAAAAGAAGACAACAAAAUUCCAUAAGUGGAUUUUUUUGUGGUUGGAAGAGUUAGGUUUUCUUGCCCGCUGGUGACUUCUUUACAACAACAGAUGGAUCGGAACAUGUCUGGCAUCAGUGUCUGAAGUGUUUCUCUAUUGGUCUUUCUCUUUGUGGAUGGAGAUGAUGAGGAACUCUACAUCUCUGCAGCUUCUCCUUCUCCUCGUUCUGUGUUCUUCUCUUAGAACUGCAUCUGCCACUUCUGGGCCUGAUAACUAUGGAACCCACCCCCGUUUUGUGUGCACCCCCCUUCCUGCAGAUGUAGACCCUUCCUGCUUCCCUACAGCAGGUCCAGGAGUCGGGUCAGCAGGGUCUGGUGGUCCAAACCAUCAAAACGUUCCCCCUGGCAGCUGGUGGGGGGUCAGUGAAGAGGCCAAAACAACCAUCCUCCACCUCAGGGAGAGUCUCAUCCAGCAGAAGGAGGUCAUCCUGGACCAGAGGGAGACCAUCAGAGAGCUGACGGCCAAGCUUGCCCUGUGUGAGGGCUUCGGACGGGGGGCGUCGCUUCACGAUGAGCAUCACAGCGUGGCCUCGCGCCUUCAUCACACGGUUAAUCAUCACACGCACAACAAUAGGCACAAUGGAAAUGGCAACCUCAUACCAGACUCACCGCGUCAUCCUUCCUUCAUGGGGGGGCAACGAUCUGAUGGAGCAAAGGAAAAGCACGUGACACCAGGGGAUGGAACGUCUCCAGGGGAGCAGAUGGAAAGGAUGCUGCAGGCGCUGAAGGAGAGACUGGACAACCUGCAGAAGAGAAACACAUCCAGCACUUACACCAGCUCACUGAAGGAGCUGCUGCAGGGGAAGAUCGGCACCCUGGAGGAGCAGCUGCACCACCACGCCACCUCCAACAGCAGCCCAGACCACCACGAUGAUGAGUCCACUCACGGGGAUGAAGGAGAUCAUCACGACGAUGAGGACAACCACGACAAAGACGACCACGGUGACAGCCAUCAUGACGUUCGUGGUGAUGAACACGAAGACCAUCACGAUGACGACCAUGACAACGACCAUCAGGAAGCCGAUGAUGACCCCGAUGAUGGCAACAAUGACGAUGAAGGUGAUCACACCAGUAAUGAAGCAGACAGUCACAGCUACAUCCCACGCACUGGUCACAGAACUGGUUUCCACUUACAUAAACUGGAGACGAUGAUCAACCAGCUGCACCACGCAGGAACCAGCAGAAAGAAAUCCACGAACCUUGACGCUUUCCAGAUCAGCUUCCCCAUGAGGACCAACUACAUGUACGGUCGGAUGAAGAAGACUCUGAUGCAGGAGAUCUUCGCUCUAACUUUGUGUCUUUGGAUGAAGGCGGGUGUGGGGGGUCCUGGACUGGGUACGCCGUUCUCCUACUCUGCUCCGGGCCAGGCCAAUGAACUGGUGCUCAUCGAGUGGGGGAACAAUCCCAUGGAGCUUCUGAUUGACGACAAGGCUGCAACGCUGCCCUUGUCUCUGAGUGAUGGGAAGUGGCACCAUGUGUGUGUGACGUGGACUACGAGGGACGGACAGUGGGAGGCCUACCAGGACGGCGUGCAGAGGGGAUCUGGGACGACCCUCUCACCCUGGCACUCCAUCAAACCUGGAGGGGUCUUCAUCCUGGGACAGGAGCAGGACACUCUGGGAGGCCGUUUUGAUGCCACUCAGGCAUACAUAGGUGAGAUGUCCGACCUGCACAUGUGGUCCCACGUUCUCAGCUCCAGUGAGAUCUACAGUCUGGCGUCCUGCGGGAGCCACCUCCAAGGGGACAUCAUCGCCUGGUCUGAAACAGAGGUGGAGCUCCACGGAGGGGUUGCGAAGUACCCGUUUGAUCCCUGUCACUAAAGGUUUGGAGAUUUUCAAAGACUGCUAGAGUUGUAAGAAGUAAAGUCCGUCGACUUUAACCAAUCAGAGUGGAUACCUUCCUUAUAUAAAAAGACAAACUUCACGUACAUACAUCCAGAUGAAUCUGUUCACAGAUCACGUGCAGGGCCUCAGAGGUGUUAUUUUAAACAGACAAGUGCUGAUUGUGACAUAUUGUCAUAUUGUUUAUGGGGCUUAAAAGAAUGCCUUGGUUUUGUUUUAACGUGUGGGCCCACAAGCACCUCUCAGAAGAAGGCAGUCAGAACGAAGUCAGCUUGGGGAAUUGAGGAGAAAUUCUCCAGGAGAAACGAUGCAAGAAUCUGGUCCCAAAAAAAAUGCCACUUGGAUUAAACAAUGAGCUGCUUCUCAUUUCUUAAACAACCGUGUCGAAAGAAGACACAUCUGGUGGACGUGGAAAGAUGUUAGUCUGUCUGAGAAGGGUCAGAUGAUCGGCAUCAAGCAGAGAAAACAUCUAAGGAGAUGCAGAAACGACUAAAACCGAGUUAAGAACUGGGUUAAAACUGGUCCAAGUCCAGAUGGACGCUGUUCCAGAGUGAUGGUGGGUAAGAAGAGAGGCAGACGAAGUGAUACAUGCCUAGUGCCUACUGUACAAACCAGUGGGGGAAGUGUUAUGAUCUGGGCUUGCUGCAGUUGGUCAGGUCUAGGUUCAGCAACAGGAUGUGCUCCAAGAAUGAGGUCAGCUGACUACCUGAAGAUCCUGAAUGACCAGGUUAUUCCAUCUUCCCUGAUGGCACGGCCAUAUUCCAAGAUGACAAAGCCAGGAUUCAUUUGGUCAGAUAGUUAAAGAGUGGUUCAGGGAGCAUGAGACAUCAUUUUCACACAUGGAUCGAACACCACAGAGUCCAGACCUUAACCCCAAUUGCUGUGUUUCCAUUACUGGAACUUCAGGGUAAACUCACCAGAACCUCCCGACAUGCGUGUGUUUCCAAUGGACCGGGCCGACUGAACGGACGUUUUCAGGAACCUUCUGAGUACCUGAUCAGAGGUAGGUACUCGGAGUGGCCCGGUGCUGUUGGUGGGCGGUAACAUCGCAGAUUAGUUGUCACCCAGUCGGAAAUAGAAAAUGCAUACAGGGCAGAGAACUGGCAUUCAGAACAACACGUGUUGUUAGCGCGUUUUGCACCAAUCGAUGGUGUAACUCAACGCAGCGAUCACGAUGUGGUGAACUUUUAGCAAAUUCCUUACAGGGUCAAACUGUAAAUGGAGAAACCGGAACUUCGGAUGGCCCGGCCAAUUUCUCCCUCUUCGCAUUUACCCUGAAGUUCUGGUGAAGACACACCUAUUGGGAAUCUCUGGGACGUGCUGGAGAAGGCGCUGUGCUGCGGUUACUCUACCAUCAUCAAUGCAACACUGGAUGGAAAUAAAUCUGGUGACGUUGCAGAAGCUUAUCGAAACGACACCACAGCAAAUGUGUCGUAGUCAAAGUUAGAGGAGGUACAACGAAAUAUUAGUGUAACCUUUUAUUUUGAUGGAGACUUUUGUUUAGGCCAGGCGGUGCACUUGCCUGCAUCAAAUUAGUUUUAGAGACAUAAAAACUUCUAACUGGAGAAUAGCAACAACAUGAAAAAGUGUAAAAUAGUUAAAAGCAUUUGCUCAAGUGAAGUUUUCAAAUGGUGGAUUUUUGUUGUUACGCCCUUUUUUUCCACAGAUUGUUUUGUUUAAUUCUGAUAAUGCUGACUAAUGCGAUUGGGUCUGUAGUAAUGAGACGCGUCAGCUUAUGAUGCUAGUUUUCACUUAAAUUUGUAGUUUUCAGAAACCAGUUUGUUCUUUGGAUCCUCUACAGGUUUCCAUGAAACAUACAGCUACUUAACCAAAGAAAGCGUGGAGCUUAUCGUGUUUGUAUUUAUUCAGUCAUUUGAAUUUUUCAUGUGUUUGAUGGAUGUUUAAGAUCCAGAAUUCACCUGCUGGUUUUAUUUUAUAGUGAGGAAACAUUUUUUUUAUUUACUAAACAGUCCUUUAAAAUUUGGUGUUUUACCUUUUUCUCCUAGCUUGAUAUAAUGUCGAUGCCAUUUGGCAACAAGCAAACUUGGUUGAAUUAGUUUGUAACUUUUGUCAUUUUGUGUAAAAAGUUUGUUUUGUGGCUUUUGAAUGUCAAGUUGGCCUUGAUUGUAUAUUUUGUUAAUGACCAGUAUGAAAUACUGAAAAUUUUAGUAAAGUCCAAAAUUUACUGUUUUUCUUUCAAAUGUAUAUAAAUGUUAAAACUAAA